AUGUGCCAGGGUUUCUACAUCUACAUAGAGACAUCAUCGCCUCGUGUCGCUGGUGACAAAGCUCGCAUAUCCACACCAACAAUGUCUAUUACCUCGCAGAUGUGUCUGAUGUUUUGGUACCACAUGUAUGGCUCCGAUGUCGACACUUUAAAUGUAUACUUUCAAAAGUUUGGUCAGCUGGGCUCACCUGUGUGGACCAAAUCGCAGACACAGGGAAACAGUUGGUAUAGAGCACUUGUUGAUGUGCCUGAUGGUGGAUUUGAGGAGGUGGUGUUUGAAGGCAUUCAAGGGAAAAGCUAUUAUGGUGACAUUGCGCUAGACGACAUUGUUCUUGGCUACGGUGAUUGCACCAAAUAUACGCUGACCCCAGUUUAUGGGAGUUCAGACUGUACCUUCGAAGAUUCAGCAAUGUGUGGAUGGUCCAAUAGUAAUGGUGACAAGUUUGAUUGGAUUCGUCAGAGUAGUUCCACAGCCAGUACUGGCACAGGCCCUUCAAACGAUCACACAUAUGGCACCAACAAAGGUUUUUAUGUCUACAUAGAGACGUCUUCCCCACGUACUAAAGGUGACAAUGCUUUACUCCAAUCGCUUUACAACAGCCAAACCACCAGCGAAUGUCUAGAGUUCUACUAUCACAUGUAUGGUUUAAGUAUUGGCACUCUGAACGUGUUCUUCAAGACAGCUAAUGGUGGCAUGGGUACUCCGAUCUGGAGCCUCAGUACGGACCAGGGUGACAAGUGGCGUGCGGCUCGAGUAAAUGUCUUCACCACGGAAGACUUUCAGAUUGUAUUUGAAGGCAUUGUGGGAACCAGUUAUACUGGCGAUAUUGCUGUUGAUGAUGUAAAAUUACUGGGCUACAGCUGUCCCGAUCCUGGCCAUUGUGACUUUGAAUCUGGUUUCUGUGCCUGGUCAAAUGAAGCAACUGAUGAUUUUGAUUGGAUGAGAGGAACUGGUGGUACGCCCUCUAUCGGUACUGGACCAGACAUUGACCACACAACUGGAACAAAUAAAGGAAACUACAUGUUCAUUGACGUCAGUAGCACAGUGGAAAACACAACAGCACGUCUGACAAGUGAACUGAUUCCAGCAACAGCUUCAAAUGGAAGGUGCUUCCACUUUUGGUAUCACAUGUAUGGCACAGACAUUGGCAGCUUACAGGUGAUACUGUCCGAUGGGAAAACCGAAACCCUGCUAUGGGAGUUGUCAGGUAACCAGGGCAACCAGUGGUGGGAUGCUUCUCUUGGCGUCCAUUUUUCAAAACAAUUUAGGUGUGACACCAACAAAUUUGUAAAGCUCACCGAUAAUUCCACUUGGCAGAGAGAAGAUGGUCGCAAAUGGCACUAUCAGAUUCAGAAUUUGAAGUACAAUUCACUUGUGAUGUUCGUAUCUUUACUGGUUCUCGUAGCAGCAUUUGUACUUCUUUCAUUUGGAAAAACUGAACUUCUUGCCGGAUUCGCUGAUGAGACUAUUAUGAGCAUGCGUUACUUUGGUCACGUUGAAAAUCCGGAUUUGAAGCGAUUGACGGACACCUGGAAUUCUUGGCAAAGUAAUUUAUUAUGUUGUGGUUACCACAAUGACAACAAUACAGAAGACUGGCUGCAAGCUAUUGGUUCAAUACCAAUCACCUGUUGUCGAGAUAUGUACAUUGGAUGUGUGGAGAGGGCAUUACCUGGCACUGACGACAUCCACACACAGGGAUGUGAGGAAGUUUUCAUCAGAGGUAUCAAGGAUUUUAUCAAUGGGUUGUUCGUUGUAGUUCUUGUGUACAGUGGUGUUAUGAUUCUGAUUAUACUAGCAACACUGUGUACAUUAUGCGAGUGUGGCAGAGAGGAUAAUGAAAAACUAUCGACGCCCGUUUAAUGACCUGUGUAUUUGCAAACACUUUGAAUAUUACUAUGUAUAUAUAAAAUUGUUAACCCAUAAAUUUACAGCGAAAAAUUAUAGAAACACUUUUAGGCACACGAAGUGUUUUAUUAUUUUUAAUAUAAUUAUCAAAUUAACUAGGGUACACAUUUUCCAUCCACUAAUUUCCAUGGUGUUAUUAACUUAUAUGUUACUGGAAAAUGAGCAAGUUAAAUCCAAAAUAAUUUUUCUUUUAUUUCAGUUCAAAAUGGUUUCCGGCCCAUUUCACAAAAUAAAAUCAAAAUCAUCGGACACACAGACGUUCCUUUUUUCAAAUGAUUUUUAAUUUCUAAAUACAUUGCUAAAUACUUAAUUUUAUCAACAUUUCUAUUAACAAAUAUAUUUUUUAAGGAAUAUACAUUCAAUUUAGGUUUAUAUUUCUUUCUAAUGUGUUUAUAAAAUGGAGAGACAAAUAGAAAAUUAAUUUCAUCUUUUAAGUUAAAGAGUCGCAAAAAAAAUAGAUUCUAUUUUCCCUAUCAACGUCCAUAUGUCGUCCCAUGUCAAUAGAAAAAUUAUGGCAAGAUAACCUAAAACGUGAAAUUAUUGUUCUGUAUCUCGAAAAUAAAUUAUAAACAUUUUUUUCACGUAUAUUUUUGGGCUUAAUAACAUUGUUAUAAGAUUUCAUUUUUGAAUUUCGACAUCUAAAAUUCUUUGUGAAAAAUAGUUAAAAGCUAUUUUUAAAAAUUACGCAAUUCAUUUAUUUAUCACACCUUCAUUUGGACAUGGUUGUUGGACAUUCAAACAAAUUCUAUAUGUCUGCAGUCUUUAUAUCCCCAAAGUUCAGGCCAGUACAAUAAUAUUAGAAUUACUUGUCUUUCAAAUAGUUGUAAUUUUAUUUCUGCAGAUGUAAACCUUAAGUUUGACAUUUUAUUUCUUACGUUAAACAAUUAUACUCGUUUCUACUUUCCUGCCUGCCGUUUCGACAUGAUGCUCCAUUUUCCAUUAAAAAUUAAAAUUAAAACAUAGAUAUUUAUAUUCUUUAACGAAUUCAAGCUUAACCUUAUCAUUAUACCAUUUAUCAUCAUACCAUUUAUCAUCUCUUCAUAACACUGCUCCAUUUCGAAACACCAUAGCUUUAGUUUUUAAUUUAUUUAUUUCUAUUUUGUUAAUAUCGCAGUAUUGUUUA